UUCCCUAAGGAUUGGCGCUCGCAGCACUGAAGAGACCCAGCGAAGUGAACAAGGCACCCAUCCAAUACUUCUUCAAGGUUGAGAGGUUAAUGUCCGUAUCGAGAGUGAUUAAAAGCCAGAAGUUCCUGUGAGAAAUUUUAGUAGUGUUAACCCAGAGUUAAUAUUUCAGCUAGGAUUUACACUUAUAUAACCCGAAAGCUAGCUAAUCAGAAUACCAGACACGAAUGUUAUGGAGCAACCCAGUUUUUAUUGUAGGUGGAAAAGAAGUCCCUGUUGAAGCCGAACAGAGAUUUCUCAGGUUAGAGCUCAAUGUUCAGCUAGAAUUAGACCUCAGAGUUCUCAUUGAGACUUGACGAAGGGAUAGGUCAGCUCUUAGAGGUUUUAUAAAUUAGUUUAAACAAUCUCCUUCGCUGGGGAUGAACCAAUGAAAUAUACAACCAGUGGUUAGAGUGAACAACCAGAGCUAAAUUAUGAACUACUGAAAUGAUGCCAAAUUCUCACAAGGAGGAGGUUUGUAUUACUAAAGCAUGGGCCAUGAGUCAUGAAGCUCUCCUAUUUAGCUCCUUCAAGAAGCCUCGCUAGAAGAAGCUGGAUGCAAGUGGAAAGACAAUUUCUGGGUCUAAAUAAAACUCUUAAUCCCGAUGAAAUCUGCUUUAAAAAGAAUGAGACACAAUUGCCCCAAUUUUGCUUCUGAGGCCUAAUAUUUCCUAGAAUUAGGCAUGCCUGACUCUUGAAGAAUGCUCAAAAAGCGAAAGCCUGAAAGGAAUUAUAAUCAGAUUCAUGAAAAAUAUUGGCGAAAACUGGAACAAAUAGUUUAAAAGGAAACAAAAAUACCCAACAAAUUAGGGAAGCAUGUUAAGAAGCGAGACAACCGAGUCCAAGAUCUUCGGAAAAGAUGCAAUCCAAAAUAGUAACUGAAGUCAAGAUCAAGCAUAGCCAAGAACUAGUCUUUUUGCAACGUUAGAUUAGCCCUCGAAUGUAAUAAGAUCGUUGCCAAGGGGCAACACCAAGUCUCUUAAGAGAAAAUAGAGGUUGGCAUAAAGCUUGAAAGAAUAAAUAAGAUAUGAUCAAGAAAUACAGAGUUUAACAAUGCUAUUGGGGAAGCGAAUAUAUUGACUGUAAACUCAAAGGAGACAGAAGACCUAUAAUUCUAAUAGUUCCUUCUAUAAUAUCUCUUUAACUUUUGUAUUUUACCCAAUCUAACAGCAAAAAUACCCCUGAGAAGAUCCCAAGAGAUAUUUCUUGAAUACGAAGCCUUCAAACCUAAUUUCUCAGUAUAAUAUUAAAAAUCUUCGAGCCUAAAUCCAAGAGAAGCACUGAAAGUCUGUAGGAAACCAUUCUGAGUGCUAUCCAUACAAAAGCACUGAAGAACCUUCCAAGGAGGAAAGCCCACAAAAUUAUUUAAAACUCAUAUAAAAAUCUUCAGCGCUCACCUUAAACGACACUGAAAAAUCAGAAGAUGACUUCGAAGAAGGACAUCAACUACGCUCUGUUCAAAACUGAGAGAAUGCCAGUCCACCUAGAUCUAUAAGAAGGGAACCUUGACUUCAAGAGAUCAAUCAAGGCUGAAGCCGCCUAAUUUGAAAUCAGAGCUAAUACUCAUUAAAAUGAGAAUCAGGAAGAGAAAGAGUGCCAACUUCAGUACCCUCCUAAGAAUGCCCAAAAAUAUGGCUUCACUAAUAUGAGCAUUAAUCAGCCAGGCUAUAAUUCCACCAGUCCUCGGCUUUAGCCGAGGACUCAUCUGAUAGCAAACAAGGUGGAUAUGAUGCAGGUGAGGUAAAAGCCAUGAGGCCAAGCUCCAGAAAGAAACAACUCAGCUCAGAGGAUAGAAAAGAAACCUAAGAAGUCCUCAGACCAAAAGCUUAGAAAUCUUUAGGAGUCUGACUAGUUCAUGAGCCAGGUGAGAGAUCAACUUCUAGAACAUUAAUGAAGAUAAAGGCACUGAGAAAUUAUGGGAAAGCAGCCAUGUGCUACCCUUCUUUAGAAUGAGACGACAAAUUAGUGAACAAAGACUCUCCUCCAGAUCCUGAGCCAAACCAGAAUACCUACUAGCGGUAAAAAAAGAGUCUGAUAUAAGAAAAGAUGUAAGUGAGCUUAAGAUUCAAGAUCUGGGAAGAUAAGAAAGUACAGGAUUAUUCAAUUACAAUUUCCUGGUUCUUAAUAUCUCAUUCGAUUUAAUUCCUUCCAACUUAAAGAAGGAAGGAAUACUAGCCACAGUGACAGAAAAAUUAUCACCACAAUUCAGCUCUCAUAUGAGUAUGAACUGGAACAUUCCCAAGAAAGAGAAGCAACUUCAUAAGAUAUACUAACUAACAGACGAUUAAAUCCAUCAAAAUAGUAAUAGAAGUCUUUUGAUGCUCUGAGCAUGAGCCUUAAAUCUUAUCAUGAAACCUCCAUUGAUAAAACCCCCAAAAUAGCCAUUGUAACGCUCCUGUGGGGUCCCAAAUGAACUUCUUUAGUGAGCCUCUAAGGAUGCGGGACAGCUCCUUCUAUUGAGCUCAAAGGGCAAGCUAAGUGUGCCCAUGAACCUCCCAAAACUCUCAAAAUAUUUCA